GAAAAUGCUCCGUUAUCUGGUCCUGUCGUACUUGGUGGCGCUGUCCAGUGUUUCCUGUGGAAACUCUGUCACGAACGAAGUUAUUGAAGACCAGGAACUCGUGUUCGCUUUGGUUUUGAACAGACAUGGCGAGCGAUCACCCGAUGCUGACGAGUUGUCUCUCUCCGACCAGCAGGAGUUGAUCCUCAAUUUGACGUACAUUGAAGGACCAGAGGGCUUAACUAAUAUGGGAAAACGCAGAGCCUAUCAAAUAGGGAAGUUCUACCGCCAACGCUAUGGUUCCCAAGGUCACAAGCUGAUCUCAAACAUCUACCACCAUGAUGAAAUAGCCAUCAGGAGUACAGAAAAGGAACGGACCAAGAUGACUAUCCAGGUCGCUAUGGCCGCUGCCUACCCUCCGGAACCCGAACAGCAGUGGGACGAGGGUCUUGGGAAGGUGUGGCAGCCUGUGCCAUAUUCUGCAGUUCCACUUUCAGAAGAUUAUCUCCGUUACUAUUCGAACUGCAAACGCUUCAAGACUCUGAUGGCUGAGGCCCAAAACAGUUCCAUGUCGGACGAAUUCCUCCCCUUUAUGGAUCUCAUUCCUCUCAUCAAAAACAAGACUGGGGAAGACUUUACUGGCAGACCUCUCUGGUUUGAGACCCUCUACGAUCUUUUUAGGAGUACUAUUGGACUAGGUCUCCAUCUUCCGGAGUGGGCCAAGCCUAUCCUGGGCAGGUUGGGUGAAGCUGGCAGACUGGCUUACAGACUGUACUUUAGGACGGAUGAGAUGAAAAAGAUUGGGGGUGGUGUUUUAUUAGACAAAUUCGUGAGAGCUGGAAACAACUUCAUAGCGGGAAAGCAAGUAUCCCAGAGGUUACGGCUGUUCUCUGCUCACGAUUUCAACAUUGGAGCCUUAAUGGAAGUCGCUAAGGUGGAGAAUGACCACAGCAUCCCUGAAUAUGGAGCUGUGUUCGCCUUGGAGCUUUACAGAUCUAGGAGUACAGGGGCUUACAGUGUUCUGCCAAUGUAUCUUCCGAAAGCAGGCGAGAGUUCUGCCCAGUACCUCAGGAUUAAAGGCUGUGGUAGUUCUAGUCAUUGCAGCUUUAAUACGUUCAAAGAACUCACCAAAGAGUUUUUAUUGCCUGAACAAGAGUUCUACUCAAUUUGUGGCAUCAAAACCGAGUUAUAGUUCUAAGUUUAGUUUGAAGGAAGUAUUAUUAUUAAUUUAUUCGUAAGCUCUAAAAUGUAUGAAGAAAAAAAUAUAUUAAAAGAUAUAA